CAUCAGGAUUUGGGUGAUUACAAAGGUGAGUGGCAUCAACCAGAUCAUAUCGUUGGUUGCUUGUCCACACACCUGGAGGAGGUUGGUAUCAGUAGUUUGAGAGGUCGGGACAUUGAAAUGCAACCGCUAGAGUAUUUUCUGAAGAAUGGAACAGGAUUGAAGAAGAUGACUAUUUCUUUUGGCUGUCGUAGUUGGGAUUCUCGUCUUAAGUCAAAGGUGGAUGAUGUUUUCAAUGAAUUGUCAAUGUUACCAAGGGGAUCCGCUGCAUGUCAGAUUGUAUUACGUUGAGAUUUCCAUUUUGACAUGCCAUUUAGUGAUGUCUUGUUGGGCUGUUUGAACUAAUCUAGAGGUAGAGGCAGCUUUCUAGGAGCAUGGAACUUUAGGACUUAAUGUCUACUAGUUGGGAUUAUGCUUGUGUAAUUUCGAUGCUGCGGUGUGAAAGUCCAACUGCUCCAUAACAUUUGUUUUCCAAUGGGAUGAAGCUUCGUACUGCUUUAUUCAACUU